CAGGGGCGGGCUCCGAUGAGGGAGCUGCUGGAGCUCGGGGAGCGGAGCUGGGAGAGGCCGAGGCUCGGGCCAGGGCCUGUAGAGCCACCGGGGACAUGCGAGGGGCAGCGGCAGAGGAGGAGGCCGCGUCCUACCGGGUGCUGAGCCGGCUGCUGGCCUGCGGACCGGAGGCGGGUGAGGAAGCAGCCAGACCCAGGCUCAUGGUUUUCCGGAAUAUGCUACGAGGGGAGGAGGAUGCAGAGGCCUCGCUAGAACCGGGGGCUGGAGUAGAAGCGGUACCGGAGGAGGGGGCGCCCCAGCCGUCAGAACUCUGCAGUCGGCACCGUAAAGCCGCACAGCCUGGUGAAGGCCUGGAACUGCAGCUCGGGGCUUUGGGGCUGCGAGGGGCCGGUUGUCCCUGCGAAGAGACUAGCGAUGCUCUGCUUGUGCUGGAGGCCCCAGAGGCUCGGCGACUGGAAGAGGAGGAAGACGGAGAGACAGUGGAGGGACAGGCCGGGGCGUCGGCCAGGAGAGGCGCUGGGCGCAAGGGCUCGCUGCGGAUCCGGCUGUCCAGGAUUUUCCGAACCAAGAGCUGCGCAGGAGCCGGAGGAACAACUGAGAGGAGAGGGGCCGGGGACCUAGGGGGGUCCGGCGGGAGCCUGACUGACAUGUCCCGGGACAAGGAGCUGGAACUGGGCAGAAAGCCCCGUUUGACCAGAACUCAAAGUGCCUUUUCUCCGGUCUCCUUCAGUCCCCUGUUCACUGGUGAAACGGUGUCGCUGGUGGAUGUAGACAUUUCACAUCGAGGAUCUUCCUCCUCGCGUCCGCCAACGCCGCCUCCACCCCCUCGCAGAAGCCUCAGUCUUCUAGAUGAUAUUGGUGGGAUACAGCCAGCAUCUGUUUUAGUGGGUCCAAUGGGCUCUUCUCUGCAGUCAUUUCCACUGCCGCCACCUCCUCCACCGCAUGCCCCUGACCCUUUACCGCGAGUUGUUCCUCUCCGGCCCGCUGAGCUCGUCCCGGUCCCUCUGGUGCAGCCGUUGCAGUGCCCGCUCUUGCGGCAGGACUCCAGUAGUUUUGCUGCCAGCCUUCGAGAACUGGAAAAAUGUGGAUGGUACUGGGGGCCAAUGAACUGGGAAGAUGCAGAGAUGAAGUUAAAAGCAAAACCAGAUGGCUCCUUUCUGGUGCGGGACAGCUCCGAUCCACGGUACAUCCUCAGCCUGAGCUUUCGCUCACAAGGAAUCACGCAUCACACACGCAUGGAGCAUUACAGAGGUACCUUUAGUCUCUGGUGUCACCCCAAGUUUGAGGAUCGUUGCCAGUCUGUGGUGGAGUUUAUAAAACGAGCCAUAAUGCACUCAAAGAACGGGAAGUUCCUGUAUUUCUUGCGCUCGCGAGUUCCAGGUCUCCCUCCCACCCCGGUCCAGCUCCUGUAUCCUGUGUCCCGCUUCAGCAACGUGAAGUCCCUGCAGCAUUUGUGCCGCUUCCGGAUCCGGCAGCUGGUCCGGAUUGACCACAUUCCCGAACUUCCCCUUCCCAAGCCUCUCAUCUCGUACCUGCGCAAGUUCUAUUACUAUGACCCACAGGAGGAGAUUUACCUUUGCCUGAAAGAAGCUCGAAAUGUUCCCAAAACCGAGUCUGGGCUUGAGAGCUCCACGUAGCGAGGCUCUUAUACCUUCCCUUCCGACCACUGAGACAGGUUAAUGUUGACUUUGUGAAGCCCUGAGGCAACUUCCAAUGUAUCUCUGUCUAGGACUGAGUGCUGGGGCAAGAAAACCGUGACCCCAAGAAAAGGAUGUGUAAGAAUGGGACAGCAUUUCAACCUGCCCCUCGUCCUCCUUUUAACUUUCCCUCCAGAUCACCAUCUGUAAAGAACAAGUAGUAGUAGCCGGCAGGUUUUGCUCUACAUGGUUUCAGGGGCCGUACCGCCAGCUUGACCCCCUUCCCGCACCCUGAAGGUUUGCUGCCUGCUUCAAGCUGCAGACAUCAGCAUCUUCAGUGUUCCCGAGGACGGCAGAGGCGAUAAGGGGUGGUAAACGGUUCUCGAGCACACGUCUUUCUACUGAAAUGUUAAGCUUCUCCCUGUACAGAUUGUCCUGCGCGCCGGCGUCUUCGAGUUAGUUUGCCAAAUCUUUGGAUGAGAUGGGCUGCGUUGCCGCAAAAUGUACUUGUGUAUUUUAUUUUACGAGGAGGAAUAACACCGAGCCCGUAUCUUCAUGGAUGAUGCAUGUCUGGAGGUGAAAAGGGUUAAGGAAAAUCCCCCCAGCCCUGCGUCUAGGCCUGCGGUGUACGGAUUAUACUACUGAUGGACUCUCGCUCGUGUGAUGAGAGGGAGGACGGCGCCCCUGCAUUAAACUACUGAUAGGAAUCUCUAAUCCCCACUCUUUAGUGGGAAAAGACAGUCAUCUCUCUAUUGCUUCCUAAACCAGGGAUCCCUGACGCUCAACUCAAACAAACUGGAUUCUCUGAAACACUUGAAGGAUUCCCGGUCUACUCACUGGAGUGACGGCGCCCGCCGCUGCCACGUCACGGGUUAUCUGAGACGGAACGGCGUCGUCCUGCCGUACAUGCGUGCUUCUGGCUGCCAGCGGCAAUUACCCCAUCCUUUACGGGACUGGUAACAGCGCUUGCUGUACGUGACUUUAUUUCCCUUUUGAGAUAGGGGAAUGAUGUGGAUUUCUGCUGCCCCCACGGGAAAAAGUCUUUAAUUUCACUGGAAACGAAAUUCUCUCCAGCACAAUCUGUUCUCCCUCCCUCCAUUCGGUCCUUCCCGGUUUUUGUGUAUAUUUUGUUUCCUCCUCUUAAUUUAUUGAACAAUGGUCUGUGUGUAAUUUAUUUCCCUGAUUGUAUGUCCCCCGCUGCUUGUGGGUUUUUAAUAUAUAAAAUUAUGAGAAAAGACUGGCUGUUUUGGGGAGGGGGGGGUUUCUGUCCGGUGUGAGUGCGUAACGCCUGCCCUCCUCUCUAGGUUUGGGGGGCGAAGAGGUUCGAUGUGUCCUAGAAGUCCUGAUUGUAAAUAUUGUGUUCAUAGGCAUGAGAGGGACACAUUCCUUUAGUGUGAUUUUUAUUUUUUAAACAUAUAUAUUUUUGACUCCCAAGAAUUAUUUCUUUGUAGACCUUGAAUAGGAAAUAAUGGGAAAUUGUUUUGUGUCAGUGGUCUGUCUUUCUACUUUUUUGCUUCUAUCUCUCCUCCCCACCACCCGAAAUAAAAGCACUCGGCCCUCUCUCCAUCGCGUUUCCUAUGUAGGUGCUUGUGGAUCUACACUUUUUUUUAUUUAAUUUUUUUCUGGACAUUUCAGGAGAAGUGGAGAGUGGGUUUAAAAUAAACAGUUUAGAAAUAA